AUGCCUCGCGAUCCCCUCAUCGGCCUCGUGGGAAAGCCCUCGGCUGAGUGUGCUUGUGCCCGAUAUAACGUAUCAGACAGAUGCAAACCCAAUUAUGGAGCUUGCGUUGAGGGCCGUCGUUCUGUACCUAUUGAGCUUCUCGAUGUCGCUGGUCUCGUCCCCGGUGCUCAUGAGGGCCGAGGCCUGGGGAACAAGUUUCUCGAUGACUUACGACAUGCCGAUGCUCUGAUUCAUGUUGUCGAUGCUUCGGGUACUGUCGAUGCUGAAGGAAAGGAGACAAGAGGCUAUGAUCCUUCCGUGGACAUUGCUUGGCUACGAAGCGAAAUCGUAGCUUGGGUUCUCGGCAAUCUCAUGCAACGAUGGGGAUCCAUCCGACGAAGGCAUCAGGCUAUCAAGGCAACCGCUACAGAAACACUGCAAGCACAGUUCUCCGGUUACGGUGCAACAUCGACUAUUGUGAACCGUGCUCUUGAUCGCUGCGGCAUCAAGGAACCCCUGGAGGAUUGGUCCAAUGAGACCGUAGAGUUGGUCGUCAAUGCCUUCAUUGAUGAGAAGUUCCCUACAGUCAUCGCACUCAACAAAAUCGAUCACCCAGACGCUGAUAAAAACAUCUCCAAAAUCGCCAAGCAGCAAGAUCCUAAUACCAUUGUGUUAUGUUCAGCCAUCUCGGAGAUUUUCUUGCGAAAGAUGGCUAAACAGGGCUACAUCAAAUAUGUCGAAGGCAGCGAAUUUAUCGACACCAAGGAGGAUCUUAUAGAGCAAGGCGACCCAACCGGCGGUGGCCUCAAAGAUCUCGACGAGAAAAAUCGUAAUCGAAUCGAGAAUCUCAAGGACAUGGUACUUUACCGCUUUGGGUCUACCGGUGUCGUUCAAGUCCUUUCCAAGGCCGCUGAGCUCCUUGGUCUCGUGCCCGUUUUCCCCGUCCGGAAUACCUCCACCUUCAGUUCUGGUGCAUCGGACUCCAAGUUUGUUUUCCGCGAUUGCGUUCUUGUCAAGAAAGGCAGCACGGUUGGCGAUGUGGCUCGCAAAGUGAUGGGAGAUGCGCCUAUCGCCUUUGUCGAGGGGGCUGGAAAUAUCCGAGUAUCUGAAGACGAUUUCGUCGCUGUGGGCAAGAAUGAUGUAUGCCGUCAUCUUACAUUUUUCCAAACUGGAUACUAA